AAGUAUAAAAUUACUUGUAUGUUGACAACGACAUGGUCUUUCUUCAACCUCUCUUCUACUGAGAAAGAAAGCAUAAUUCUCAAAGGAAAGAAAAAAUAAGAAAGCUUCAAACAAGAGCUCGUUUUGGUGCUCAAACAAGUAGAUGUAGGAAAGUGAUGAUGAGCUUUUGAGUUAAAAAUCUAUAGAUAUUUGAAGAGAGAGAGAGAGAGAAGGGAUUUUGUAUUGUUGUUGAAGUGUUGUUUGGUGGUGAUUUAUUUGAGUGACAAAUGAUGGCUGGAAACCCUAAUUCGUGGAGCAUGAAUGGCAUGCAUCCACAAUCUCAGUUUGUUUAUGGCUCCAAUUCCUCAAAUCCAUCUUCAACUACUGCUGCUGAUCAUCCCUCCCAAGAUUUCCCAGUUAGGUCUUGGAGCCAGUUGCUUCUGGGUGGAUCGGGAGUUGGAGAAGAGGAGAGAUUUGGAGCGAGCCUCUUUCACCAACAAAAGAAGCUGGAGAAUUGGGAAGAUCAAGUGCUGAAUUUGAAUCCAAGUAGUUUUGAUGUGAAGCAAGAAGCAGCUCAAUCUUCAAGCUGCCAAAUCUAUGACGAUGAAUUCAAGCCCUCCAAUUCAUGGCCGGUUUCCUCCCCAACCUCCUGUGUCACAUCUCUCUUCAACUUCUCCGCCGGAAAGCCGCCCGCCGCCGACGCCAACCAUUCAUCCGAGUGCAACAGCACAAUUACUGGUGGGGUAUCAAAGAAGGCUAGGGUUCAACAGUCUUCAGCCCAACCAGCUCUCAAGGUGAGAAAGGAGAAAUUAGGGGAUAGAAUAACAGCACUUCACCAGCUUGUUUCCCCAUUUGGCAAGACUGACACUGCUUCUGUUCUGUCAGAAGCCAUUGGCUACAUUAGAUUCCUUCAAGGCCAGAUCGAGGCACUAAGCUCUCCCUACAUGCGCAAUGCAUCAGUAGGUACAGGUCAUCAUCCUCAACAUUCUGUUCAAGAAAGGAAUUGUUUAUUUCCCGAAGAGGAUUCAGAAAGUGAAGGGGGUGUAAAGGACUUAAGAAGUAGAGGGUUGUGUUUGGUUCCCAUAUCUUGCACCCAAAACGUGGGAAACGAGAGCGGCGCCGACUAUUGGGCACCGGCGGCUCUGGGCGGAGGGUUUUAAAUUGGUGAGGCUGUAACAUCAGAAGCAGUCAUUCUGUGGAAAACGUAAGGGAUUGACUGCCUCUGAUGCUACUGCAGCCUGGCUUUAAUGUAUUGUAAUUCAUCAAGCUUAAUAAUGUUUCAUCUCAUCUUAUAAUGCCAUGUUUAUGCAUGCA